AAAUGACUAUGCGAUAUCCAUCUCAACCCGACUUUGCUGUACUAGGAACUUCUGUAUUCAACUUAAGUUUUGCAGAGAGAAAAUUUAUACACAUCGGUUGCACGUGGAUAAACGACCGAUACUCUCCCGUAAUGAUAAUAUUAUCUCCAAGUAUGUAUUUAUGGAUGGAUGUCGAUAAAUUUAUUAAUUUUUUACAAUUAAUCGAUGAAGUUAUUUCAUUUAUGGAUGAAUCGUGUAAAUCAAAAAUUUAUUUGAAUUGCGUUUUUAACAUUGUAAAAUCGAAAUGUUUCUCGAAAAGUUAUCCAACAAUAUCGGGUAAAGGUAGCGAAGAAGAAAAAAUGGGGCGUAUAUCAUUGACUGAAGAAAAUCUAUAUGCGUUGAAAGAAAUGAAGUCAUGUCUCCUGGAAGUAACCAAAGAGAAAUAUGAAACAUGUAACUUAUUGUACAUACAAAGUAAAGAAGUUUACGAAAAAGUAAAGGAUUUGGUUAUAAACAAGUUUUUAGUAUUACCCGAAAAUUUAAUGUAUUCCAUCGUGAAAAGUAUGGAUAUAUCGUUAUUGCCAAAGACAUCAACAGCACUGUACAAAGAAAUAGUUACCUUCGAUUAUAAAUGUAUCAUUAAACGUAUAUGGGAACAAUUCAUUGAGGAUUUCAAACAUCAAACCAAUCAGGAUGUUAAGCAGAUGACAAAUGAAAAUAUAAGUAAAAACGAUGACCAACAAGAUCAUUUGGAAAAUCACAACGAAAAUGUACAAGAUGAUAAUGUUCACCGUAUAAAUAAUGAUUUAUCUAAUCCAUUUAAUGAUCAAAUUCAAAUAUGGGAAAAUUGUAACGAUUUAUUUGGUUAACAAAAUAAAAAAAUAUUAUUAACAAUAAUUGUAAACAAUUUUGAAAUGAUAUAAUUGUAUUGUAAAAAAAAUAAAUAAAAAAAAAAAAAACGAGGUCCUAUUUUACACUUUACCAG